UUACAACAGGGUUGGGUCCAAUCGAGCCGCCUCGAUGGAGUUGAGAGUCGGAAACCGGUACCGGCUUGGCCGAAAGAUCGGGAGCGGCUCAUUCGGGGACAUUUACCUCGGUACUGACAUAGCUGCUGGAGAAGAAGUUGCCAUCAAAUUGGAAUGUGUCAAAACCAAACAUCCUCAACUCCACAUAGAGAGCAAAAUUUACAAAAUGAUGCAAGGUGGAGUGGGCAUUCCCACAAUCAAAUGGUGUGGUGCCGAAGGUGACUACAAUGUAAUGGUGAUGGAAUUGCUAGGACCAAGUCUUGAAGAUCUCUUUAACUUCUGCUCAAGGAAAUUCAGCCUCAAAACUGUUCUUCUACUUGCUGACCAAAUGAUAAGCCGAAUAGAAUAUAUUCAUUCAAAGAACUUCAUCCAUCGAGAUGUAAAGCCGGAUAAUUUCCUGAUGGGAUUAGGCAAGAAGGGCAACCUUGUCUACAUCAUAGAUUUUGGGCUGGCCAAGAAAUAUCGUGAUGCUCGUACUCACCAGCAUAUUCCUUAUCGUGAAAAUAAAAACUUAACGGGAACUGCCCGCUAUGCCUCCAUUAAUACUCAUCUUGGAAUUGAACAAUCUCGCAGAGAUGACUUGGAGUCCUUGGGCUAUGUACUCAUGUAUUUUAACCUGGGCUCCCUCCCCUGGCAGGGAUUGAAGGCAGCUACAAAAAGACAGAAAUAUGAACGCAUCAGUGAAAAGAAAAUGUCUACUCCCAUUGAGGUUUUGUGUAAAGGAUACCCUUCCGAGUUUGCUACCUAUCUGAAUUUCUGCCGCUCGCUGCGUUUUGAUGACAAACCGGAUUAUUCAUAUCUAAGACAAUUAUUCAGAAAUCUCUUCCAUAGACAAGGCUUCUCCUAUGACUAUGUAUUUGAUUGGAACAUGCUCAAAUUUGGUGCAAGCCGAGCAGUAGAAGAUGCUGAGCGUGAAAGAAGAGAGAGAGAAGAAAGAAUGAGACACACACGCAAUCCAGCUGUUCGUGGAUUACCUUCCACUGCCUCCGGGAGGCUAAGGGGGACACAAGAUGUAGCUCCACCAACUCCUCUUACUCCAACGUCACAUACAGCAAAUACAUCUCCUCGACCAGUUUCUGGAAUGGAGCGAGAACGGAAAGUGAGUAUGCGAUUGCAUCGUGGGGCCCCUGUGAAUAUCUCCUCAUCUGAUUUAACAGGUCGACAAGAUACCUCACGCAUGUCAACCUCACAGAUUCCUGCUCUGGCGACGACCAGCGUACUCCAAUCUGCUGUGCAUCGGUGAAAUAAUGUUGCCAUUGAGGGGCAGAUAAUGCAUGGCUGAUCUCCUAUGUUAUCAAUGGCUUUUACUAGCAAACUAUCCCAAACUAGAGCAGAAGAAAUAUUCCAGUUGGAACUCUCCUUGCCACUGUCUAAAGAUACUCACAGGAACAUGGACAGAAUCCAGCAGCUGCCACACUACAAGAGGCUUUAGCCCGAAACCCAAUAACCUUAUAUGAACUCUAGCAACAGGGCUAGAAAAGGAAGCGAUGGUAUACAGCAUUGCCAGCCUGUUAUUUAAUAGCCAUUUUAGUUGUCCCUCAGCAGGCGGCGGUCUUCACCCCCCCCCCUUUUUAUUGUUCUACUGUAAUUAUAAAUCUUUUACUUGGUUUAAGAAAGUUUUGUAUUCAUUUUGCUAAGAUUAUUGGCUGAACUUCUCUAUUAAAA